AUGGAUUCAGUGGUCUAUGGUCGACGGCGUUCAAAUUUCCGGUGCACGGGGUGUGACCCGGAAGUAAAUACGGCCAGCUACAGCAGCAUUGCACUAAUGGAGUUGCUUAGCAAAGCGGAGUUACUAAAGCAAGGCGCUGAAGCCAGAAUAUACAAGACUUUGUUUCUGGGAAGACCGACGAUUGUAAAAGAAAGAUUCCAAAAACGUUACAGACUUCCGCUCUUGGAGGAAAAACUCACACAUCGACGGACGGUUCAAGAAGUUCGUUCCAUUCUAAGAUGUCGGCGAGCAGGCAUCUCUGCUCCCGUGGUCUACUUUGUGGACUAUACAUCUCACUGCAUUUUCCUGGAGGAAAUACAAGAUUCAUCCACUGUGCGUGACCACAUUGCAUCCACUCAGCGGUCUGGUUCCUCCGUUCCUGAUGUGGCACUGGACGGCCUGGCGGAGAAGAUGGGCCAGACGUUGGCCAAAAUGCACGACGAGGACGUCAUCCACGGCGACUUAACCACGUCCAACAUGCUGCUGAGGGGUCCAGCAGGACACAGAGAGUCUGACCUGGUCCUCAUUGACUUUGGUCUCAGUUCCAUCUCCGCUCUGCCAGAAGAUAAAGGUGUGGAUUUGUAUGUGCUGGAAAAGGCCUUCCUCAGUACGCAUCCCAACACAGAAGAACUGUUCCAGAAGGUGCUGAAGACCUACGCAGCAUCGUCCAAAAAGUCCGCAGCAGUCCUUAAAAAGCUGGAUGAGGUUCGAUUAAGAGGGAGAAAGCGCUCCAUGGUGGGAUGAAAAGCAUUUUAUUUCUUGGAAUAAGAGCACAAAGUACAUUUUUACCCAUUAUAUAAAAUAUAAUACAAAAGACAACCAUUUUUUUAAUGCAAAUAUAAUUAUGUGAAUAUGGAGACAAAUUAGAAGACAUCAUCAUAUUAGACACAAUAUAUUCAAAUAAGUCUAUUACAAACUUGCAUGAUGAUCACUUCAGUUUUUGAUGUCUACCUUUGAAUUUUUUUCGAGACCUGUCUUUUUUGUGGACAAUAAAAAAACAAAUGAAAG